AUGGUAGGAUUGGGCGAAGAAAAUUGGGCACAAGUAAGACGUGACAUGCUAACUGAACUGAAAAGGAAUCAUGACAUUUACAUAAAGAGUUACAAAGUAUGGGCCACCAUAGAGGAGUUGGUAGCUAUAUUGGACUGUUGGGUUUCACCUGCCGAUCGACAAUAUUGGAUGACAUUACCUUAUAUGGGCCAUAUAAUUGCCCAUGCUUACAACAUUGUGGUCCAGUAUUUCUCAAAAUAUCAAUGCCUUACAUUUCUUCCACUUUCGAGCGAUCCCGUUCCUGUUGAGAUGCGGCAAGAGCAUGGCCUAGCAUUCGUGAACAAUAACCAUUUUGUACAUGUCGUCUUGAAGAACAAUUGCCCUAUGCCUCCUAUCGUAGAUCAUUGGACACGGUACCACGAGCCCAAGGCAGAGGGUUGGAAGACAUCCGAUACCGAGGAUAGGAUUGCGACUUUUAGAGGUUUAGUUAGUUCAAAACGUAGCACUCCGCUCAAAAUUUUGUAA